GUUGGUUUGUGUUGUAGAGGUAGUUAAUUCUAUCCCGAAUCUGAAUCCGGAAGAACAGUCUUGUUAACUUAUCGUAGCUCAUUCGAAGUUGCAGUAGCGGCAGCAGCAAUAUCCCCGCCGCCCAGGAUGGGGUCUUUAGGGAACGAUGACAUCGAAGGCAAUGCAGCAGCUAAUACCUCGUCGCCGCCUGCGUUCAACAUCAAACGCAUCGCCAUAAUCGGUGCUGGACCAAGCGGUCUAGCAGCAGCAAAGCAUCUCUUGGCCGAAGGGUUCUUGUCCUCACAGAUCGACAUCUACGAACAACAAGCCGAGGUAGGCGGGGUGUGGAAUUACAGCGCCGUGACAUCCCACGAACAGCUGCGCGUGCCGCAGACCGAUGCACAUGCACCGCUCGACACGCCAAUUUACCCGGAAACGUCCAUAGAGCAAGAAAAAGAGGAGUAUGAAGAUUAUGUCUUCGAUUCAGAUGAAGAAGCCUGCACGGCUCCCGGGUCGGGAGCGUGUUCACUACCUCCUGUGUCGCGCAAGGAGAAGCAGGCUCCUUUCUUCCCGACUCCCAUGUACGACUACCUGCAUACGAACAUUCCGCAUACGCUGAUGCGGUAUUCGGAUUUGGGAUUCACGGCGGAUGGGAAAGGGGAGGGCACGCAUGAGGACUGUGAGAUCUUCCCUUCGAGACAGGUCGUGCAGGAAUAUUUACUCCGAUACGCUCGCGACGUGCGGCAUCUAGUUCGCUUCUCGACGCAGGUGACGAAUAUCUCUCUACAGACUCCAUCAUCGGACGUGUUGGAGGGAGAGAAGUGUCGAAUCCAUGAGAAAUGGACUGUUCGCUCAACGAACCUCCUCACAGACGUGCCACGAGUAGAGAACUACGAUGCCGUCGUCGUCGCAUCAGGUCACUAUUCUGCACCAUAUAUACCUUCAGUGCCCGAAAUCGAAACAUUCGCCAAGGAACACCCUGGUAUAAUCUCACACGCAAAAACAUACCGCGCUCCGUCCGAGUUCGCCGGCAAGCGCGUCGUGAUCGUCGGGUCCUCGGCCUCAGGGCUAGACAUCGCAUCGCAAAUCAGCGCAGUAUGCGCAUCUCCCCUCAUCAUGUCGGCGCGCAGCGCCAUACCCGAUGAUCAGGCCGCGCAUAUAGGCGUAGGGGACAAAGUGCGCGUAGUCGGGCGGAUCAAGCGCUUCCUCGUCGACGAAAGGGGCAUCGAGGUGUUUUCCACUCCGGGUUCUCCUAGUGCCGCGACAGAGAAGAUAGCAGACGUCGAUGCGAUUGUCUUCUGCACGGGUUAUCUAUUCACAUACCCAUUCCUUUCCCCAUCUUCCCUCCCGUCCUCCACGCCCCCGUUGGUCUCCGACGGCCGUCGCGUCCACGGUGUAGCGCGCCACUUCAUCCACACUUACCAUCCAACCCUCGUAUUCCCAGCCCUGCCUAUCAAGAUUAUCCCCUUCCCGCUCGCCGAGGCGCAGGCCGCGGUCUUCUCGCGGCUAUGGUCGAAUAGACUCUCUUUACCCUCGCAUGAAGAAUUACAGGCCUGGGAGCGCGAAGAUGAACAAGGGAAAGGAUUUGAAGGUGAAAGAGUCGUCGGGGAAGGGAAGUCGUUCCAUGUCUUUCCGAAGGGCGGCGAUGCGCGGUAUAUCAAUGCGCUGCAUGAUUGGGCGUUGCAGGCGGAUGGGAAGAAGAGAGGGAAAGGGAAAGAGCCGCCGUUUUGGGGCGACGAGGAACUUUGGCAGCGGAGCAUUUAUGCGCAGGCGAAGAUGCGGUUUGAGAAGAGCGGACGAAAGGCGAAGACUUUGAGGGAGCUUGGGUUCGAGCAUGAGUAGAUUGCUGGGGAUUGUUGAUGGAGGGUAGAAAGUGAAGACUUUGAUUGAGGGAACCUCAAUGAUUUGAACGCUGCACUUGGAUAUAUAGAAUAGAUUUAUGCGCGUCGUUCAAGCUACGAUAGACAAGCAAUAGCCGAUUCAGCGUGUAUUAGGCACUAUGAGCUUCGUAAUAGAUUUUUCCC